GAUGACAAAGAUUCUUCAAAACCGUGCUCCUGCUCUAGCAACGAUGAAAGUUCGUUAAAACCUUGUACCUGUAUAAGCGAAGAAUCGUCUUUAAAAACAUGUGUCUGUUCAUCAUCAUGUGAUUCAUUGGAUACCGAUACUACAAUCGAUCGUCCACAAGAUCUACCAGUAGAAUGCACACUGGCAAUAAUAAAACCAGAUGGUAUGAUGUACCGCAACGAAAUUGAGCGAGAAAUAAUUGAUGAAGGAUUUAAAAUUUGUCAAAGGAGAUGGCUACAGCUGACACCGGAGCAAGUAUCGGAUUUUUACUUUGACAAUUAUAAACGAAGAAAUUUCGCUCAUCUCAUUACUUACAUGAGCUCAGAACCAAUUCUCGUUUUUGUACUUGCCAAGUGCAAUGCUAUUAAAGAGUGGAAAAGUUUAAUAGGGCCGAAAAAGGUUACAAAUGCUAGAAUUUACGCUCCUGAUAGUAUUAGGGGAAAGUAUGGGAGAAAAGGCGACGAUAUGAAAAAUACAGUCCAUGGAAGCGAUAGUCCGCAAGCUGCUGAAAGGGAAAUUCAUUUCUUCUUUCCUGAUCGUAUUGAGGAGCCAUUACUAGACGAAGAAGACACCGUGGAGUAUUUAAAGAAAUAUGUAAAUGGACCGUUAUUCAAUGCUCUCGUUAAGGUAAAUUUUAUUUAUUAUUCACUUAACUAUCUACGUCAGUGCUGUGAAGAGAGGCCGAAUGAUCCAGUUACUUGGCUAGGAAACUGGUUGCUCGAGCAUAAUACGAUGAAGCCAAAGUAUCUCUUACGUUAUAAGUCCAACCUGUAUGAUUGAUGCUCCUCGGAAUAAACGGCUUUUUCUGAAGUUUUCGACGAAUAAUCGGCGCUGGAUUAUAUCUGUAAAGAUGGAGGAUUUUAAAGGAAAGCUCGAC